AUGUUGAGGUCAAGCGAUAGCCUGACACUGGAAAAUUCAUUGAACGCUUUUGAAAGCGAAGAGAUACUUCAAGCUUUAGCAGUUGUCGGAUUACUGAGUCAAGAGAAGCUUUAUCUGGAGCUUACAAACGAAGCCAUAAAUUUCGCGAGAAAAGAAAAGUUUAGUUUUUCGCAAUUAUGCGCACUCGUUUCGACAAUUAACAGGGUUUUGGAAGAACUUUCAAGUUCUCCAUACGACGACAUACAGAGUGUCCUAGAUGUAUCGGACAAAAUUAUGAUGAGUUACUCUAUUCAGAGGCCACCCCACUGCAUUGAAUUAUUUUCGAUCGCUGAUUCUUUAAAAUGCGUUGAAUUUCUCGUGGACUCAUUGUUUAGACAUUGGAGACUUUACAAGUUCGCCUUAGCUCCAACAGCACGCCUUGUACCACAGCUCAUCUACGAUACAAAAGAUUAUGAAUCGGGAAUUGUCGACUUGAAACCAUCAGGUAAAAUGAAAACGUGGUGAACCGAGUUGACGCCAUUUUACUUUCUAGGAGCUGACUUAUUAUUCUCAAUCUUAAAACAUGCACUCGAAGAUCAAAUUGAAGUCAACAAACAUGAAAAUCAAAUCGGUAAUUGAUUUGUGACGAAUUGUUCUAAAAGGUAUCCUCCUAAUUCUUACAUGUGGUACGUUACGUAAUCACCAAAGCGAACGCUUGUAGAGAGAACUUACGAAAGCACUUACUGUUAAUAAAUGACUACAUAC